AGGGAGCGAGGGAAGGAGGGAACGAGGGAGAAGAAGCUCGGCCCUUUGUGUGCUGGAGGUUCAGCCGAGAUAUAGACAGAGAUAUUUCUGCUGUUUGUACCCUCUUCAGCCACCUUCACCCUGACACACACUUUAAACACUCAAACACUCUCACUCACAUGCUGGUGCACGGAUGCAGGCGUCGACGACGUGCUCUGGGUUGCGUGAGUGCAUGUGUGCGUCUGAGCAUGUGUGCGUCUGAGCGUGUGUGUGUGUGUGUGUGUGUGUGUGUGAUGAGAGCGGACGUCAGAGCGGCCCAUGAAUAUUGAUACGGAGGACAGUCUCUUUUAUCGAGGACAGAAGGAAGCAAAAUGGCGGCCCUGUAGGACCUGGUUAGGAUCUAGAACGCUUUCACGGCACACGGUGGGAGUGAGGGGAAAAAAGGAAGCAGAGACGGCAGCCUUUUGAAUGGACUCAAAGCAGGCCAGAUGGAAACAGAACAAGCCAGGCAUGAGACGGAAGAAAGUCUGAUACACACACAGCAUAGUGCCAUCCACCAGGUACCUACAAAGCUGCAGAAUGGAAACCAGUCAUCCGACACUAGCCCACAGCAACUUAACGGGGAAACCAGUUGGAGCAACUUCAAGCCAAUGAAACGACACCGGGACAACUGUUCUAGUCCAGUAACCAUGUACGAUCAGGGCCUGUAUAAGAUAAAUGGUGAAGUGAAGCACGCACUAAACGAACAGUCAUUAGUGGCCCUUCCCCAACCCAAAAAGCUCUGUGUUAAUUCAGAGACAACUAGCCCAUGGCAGCAGAAAGAGACAGACACAGAAGGAUGUUUAGACAUAAUGCCUGGCCUGAGGAAGCCUGUACCAGACACAGAAAACUGUAAUUUUUCCAAUGAGAACAUCUUCUCAUUAUCAAGGAACAAGCAGGUGCCAAUGCCGAAUGGUGCUGCAGUAACUCCACCUUCAGUGGAAGGUCCUGCUGGUGACCUCUUUGAGAAAACUCAGUCUCAGUAUUAUCAAAACCAUAUGUCCACAACACAAGACACCAGCAAUCUACAUGAGCAGGCUAUCUUUACACCUUCAGUUACCUCAGGCUGUUCUAUUUUGGCUCAGAUGCCUGCUUCUGAGCCAUUUGCGAAAACACCAUCAGAAGUGCAUGGAAGCAAUGACUAUGACCCAGAGUUCAUGGUGAAUGGGUACUCUGGGAAUUUUAGUGCAGAGCAGCAGCAUCAACCUCUGCAUUACCCUCUCACUGACCUUCAAGUUCUGGAAAAUCAACCACAAUGUGAUUUAGGAAAACAGCCAAGGAUUUCCUCAACAGUUAGCAUCAGUGACAGUUCACAAGCUCAAAAUGUCACAGACAGUUUUGCCACAAACACAGUGGGUUUAAGCAUAUCUUGCCCAACAACAGUUAUGGCUAAAACUGCUGGCACAUUCAGUUCAGUCAAAAACUCAGCCACUGAUCAGGAGCCCAGCACUGUUACAGGCCAGCAGCACUUACAAUAUGAGAUGCAACAGCACCAGUCAGAUGUUUCCUGCUCAGUUGAUGGCAGCCCGCAGGACAAUGGAGUCUCUACUCCUCCUCCUGUGGAAAUUCAGGCAGCUCCAAAAAAUCAGUGUAAUGAGCUGGAACACAAACCACUCCUCCAUGAUCAUGGAGGGAAUGUGUCUUCUGACACUCAGCUGGACUGGAUCAAUUUGAACUCUACUCCAAAUUCACAACACCAAGCCAAUCAGGCACACAUGUGGAAGGGCUUCCCUUCGAAUGAAAACACAGACAGACUGAUCCAGGUUGAUCUGCUUAAUACUGACACCUCACGUAGUUUUCAGAUGCAGACAGACUUCUCCAAACAGCAAGAGGGUCACAUGCAAAAUGGCUAUAAGCUUCCUGCACAACCUCAGCCUAAUACUGUUACAGAGUGCCAGACUCAAAUGCCUAAAACUCCAUCUGAUAUGCACACCCACCCCAACAAGCAGAUCAACAAUGUCCAGUAUACAAAUAAGCAGUUUUUCCUCCCAGUGAAACAAGGGCAUUUAUGCAAAAAUGAUCAAAACCUAGGGCAGGUCCUACCUCCUGACUUUGUGCAUCAGUUACCUUCACGGUCCCACCAGCAAUAUGAAGCCCACCACCAGCAAGCCAGCACCAUCAUGCAUCAUGAUGCACAGGGUCUCAAAAUGGUGUUACAAAAUGAUGCUCAGGGUCAGGUGAAUUCCCAAAUCCCACACAAACACAGCAUGGAAGGAUACACACAGGCAGAAAUAUCAUCUCCAACAUACAAACAAACUAACACAACAGUGCAAAACGGAACCAACGUAUCUUCACAACCGAGCCUCCCUUUGCCCAAUCAGCAUAACUCGCAGCCUUCACCUAAUGGCAUAUCAUCCAUGUUUAGUUUUGAUGAAGCAUCAGAGAUGCAAAAGCAGUCUCAGAGACGAUAUACCCCAUCUCCAAGUGCCCAAAAUUCUCAGCAGCUUGUCAACCAUAUGCUGCCCAGAAACAUGGACUUUGAGAACAUACAGCAUACACAAUUGCAACCUCAACUACCAGAUGGUACCCAUGGUAGACAGGUGCCAGCACAGAUGUUUCCCAAAGCUGAAUCACGGGAAUCCUGCUCUCAAUUCCAGAGAGGAUCCCUUCCAAGCCCGGGUCCACAAGGGGACUUUCAGAGGCAUGCAGCCUUGCGAAUGCAUCUACUACAAAAGCAGGAUAGGCCGGGCUACCUCCAGAGCCCCAACAUGAUCAGACCUGACCUGCAGCAUGUUAAACGUGAGAAUGACCCAAGAUUCGAGGACCCAAUCCAUAUGCCACCACCACAAAUGCAGCAUCAGGUUCAAGACCUUAUGGGAGGCAUUCCGGAGAGAGUAAAACAGGAAAGGACAUUUUCAACCUGCUCACAGAGCCAGCAUAAGAGCAUUCUGGCCACCAUGGAGAAGCAGUUACAACAGUACCAGCCUUCUCCUGUGUUUGAGCGGAGGUCUUUAGCCAUCAAGUCCCCCAAUAAGGUGAAGGUGGAGAUGGCUGGAGGUGUGGCAGUGAUAUCUACCAAUAUUGAAGGAAGUAAGGGGGAUCAGUGUAAACCUCCUGCUUCUACUCCCAAAAAAGAGCCAGGCCUGCAGUGCUUUCUGGAGUCACCCAUGAAACUGUUAGAUACUCCCAUCAAAAACCUGUUGGAUACACCCAUUAAAACUCAAUAUGAGAUUCCUCCAUGCCAUUGUUUUGAGCAAAUCAGUGAAAAGGAUGAAGGCCCAUACUACACUCAUCUGGGAGCAGCACCAAAUAUCAAGGGUAUCCGAGAAAAGAUGGAGAAGAGGUCUGGUCUGACUGGCAGUGCUAUUAGGAUUGAGAAAGUGGUAUAUACAGGCAAAGAAGGCAAGAGCACGCAGGGUUGCCCCAUUGCUAAAUGGGUAAUACGUCGAGCCAAUGUGGAUGAGAAGCUCUUGGUGCUGGUACGAGAGCGGGCUGGUCACUCUUGUGAAACAUCAUGCAUUGUAGUAGUAAUAGUGAUAUGGGACGGAAUAUCAACGACCAUGGCCGACCGUCUCUACAUGGAACUUAGUGAUACACUGACGAAGCAUGGUGCCCUGACUAAUCGCAGAUGUGCACACAAUGAAGAGAGAACAUGUGCAUGUCAGGGUCGAGACAAUGAUGCCUGCGGGGCUUCCUUUUCCUUUGGAUGCUCCUGGAGUAUGUACUACAAUGGCUGCAAGUUUGCCAGAAGUAAAAUCCCAAGGAAAUUUAAAUUACUUGGAGAUGAUCCCAUAGAGGAGGAAAAACUGGAGAGAAAUCUUCAGGCCCUUGCUACUUCCAUGGCUCCAUUGUAUAAACAAAUGGCACCUGAUGCUUAUAGCAACCAGGUGGAGCAUGAACACAGAGCUCCAGACUGCCGGCUGGGUCUCAAAGAAGGCCGUCCAUUUUCUGGAGUCACAGCUUGUCUAGACUUCUGUGCCCAUGCCCACAGAGAUCUCCACAACAUGGCAGGGGGUAGUACUGUGGUCUGUACACUAACACGAGAGGACAAUCGUGAGAUUGGAAAAAUUCCUGAAGAUGAGCAACUGCAUGUGCUGCCAUUGUACAAGGCUUCAUCCACUGAUGAGUUUGGCAGUGCAGAGGCCCAACUGGAAAAAACGAGAACUGGAGCCAUCCAGGUGCUUAGCACAUUCCGGCGGCAGGUCCGUAUGCUAGCAGAGCCAGCAAAGUCCUGCCGGCAGAGGAAACUAGAAGGCAAAAAAGGUGGUGCUAACAAAACCUCUAAUGUCAGCAAUUCCAAGGUAGACAUCAACCAGCUGUCAAAGCAACAGAAACAAAGCUCUUGUGACAAUGUGGAUCAUAACACACCUGCAGCAGGUGCACAUCUGUGUCACAUGGGUGCCCCUCUUCUGCCUGGUCAGAACCCUAUAGCUGCCCAGAACCAACUUCAACAACAGAAUCAGCAGUCAAAACCUAGCACUUCUCAGUCUUUUUCAAAUUCAACAUCUUCUGUUAAUUACUCAAGGUACCUCAACACACCAGGACCCUUCCAGAGCACUUCUAAACCAUCUAAUAUGUUUCCUCAGUCUCCCAGCUCAGCCAGCCCUUAUCAUUCCCCUUUACCAGUUGCCAAUUCCUACAUGAAUGGGUCAAACCCACCAAGCCCUUACUCUGGAGCACUAACUUCUAACAACCUCUAUCCAGGAUAUCAGUGCAAUGGAAGUAUUCGCUUGGAAAACUACAACCCUUACUAUUCCAAUCCAAAGCACCUGGACAUGUACAGACAGCAAAGACCAUCUCUGUACCCUGACCAACAAUUCAACCCUCAGCAGCACUAUGGCAUGACUUACCCACCACGCUAUGGGGAGCCAGUCCUCCCCAUCAAUGGAUAUGGCAAUUGUAACAUGAGACCAAACAUGCACCCCAUGGGACACUAUCCAGGAUACAGCUCAAAUGGGGUACCUAAUGCCCAGUUUCUAGAUGUUAUCUCCAGACCUUUAGGUCACCCAGGCAUGGACUAUGCAGCUGCAAAUAAAACUAGUCAGUUUGGCAGAUACCCCAUUCCCUAUUUGGCUCAGAAUCUUUUGUUACCCCAAAACAUGGACCCACUACAUAUGCAAAAGCCAGAGAUGAACCUCCAUGCUGCAAACAGUUUCCCUCAAGUGCUUCCUUCUGUAGGCAGGGAAGGCAUGAACCCCACCCAAACUCCAAGUAUGAGUCUGCCUAAUGGAAACAUCCCACCCUCUUUUGUCAAACAAGAGCCAGGAAUCUCAAUGCCUGCAACUCAAGAGGAGGAGGAGGAUGUGUGGUCAGACAAUGAGCACAACUUUCUGGAUCCAGAGAUCGGUGGUGUAGCAGUGGCACCCAGCCAUGGGUCAAUUCUCAUUGAGUGCGCAAAGCGCGAGAUGCAUGCAACCACGCCACUCAAGAAACCUAAUCGCACCCACCCUACCCGAAUCUCUCUGGUUUUCUACCAGCAUAAGAACCUGAAUGAGGCUAAGCAUGGGCUAGCAUUAUGGGAGGCCAAGAUGGCAGAAAAAGCACGUGAGAAAGAGGAGGAUGCUGAAAAGCAUGGCACAGAUGGGACACCCACCAAGAGUGGUGGCAAGAGGGUCAAGAAAGAACAACCAGAACCUUCUGAGCCACCAUACAAACGUUUUGUCCAGAUGCUUGCUGAAAAGUCACUGUCCUUCACUACCAACACUUAUGUCAGCUCAGCUCCCUAUGCCUUUACUAAGGUCACUGGGCCUUACAGCCACUUCCUGUAGGGAUCUGAUUAGGUUUACAUCAUCCUCAAACAGGGAAAAAGUGUCGGAAUUGUGACAAGGUGCUAAAAUAUUGCUUUUCAGACCUCAGUGCCACUGGCUGUAACCCAGAGACCCAUAGAAGAUUCUGUGAGGCAAUCAAAGCCUGAUCCACACUAUGGGAAAAUGCAAAAUCUACAAUAGAUCAACUAAAGGUAAAAAGGUUUAGCUUUACUGGUUGACCCAUAAAAUGUAUUUAUUUAUUGCAUUGUUACACUGUUCUUCUUCUUUGGUGCUUCACAACAUCUGGAUGUCCAUUACUGGGGAAUUAAUGGCUUUAAUUUUACAGUUUUUGGACCUAAAGGAAAAAUUCUGGUGUAACACACUGAUAUGGUGGCUAAUCAUGUUCACGGUGCUAAGUGAAGAGAGUGUUGAAUAGAAAAAAAAAACUAGUAGUUUACCUCUCAAGUACUAAGCAAUUAUUUUUAUGAUUGGUAGCAAUUACAGGAACCUUUUUUGUUAGUGUUUUUAAAGCACUUUUAAUUAGAGGGGUAUGAUUGGUUCACCCUCUGAUAAUUAUUUACAGGAUUUCAUUCAGUUUUGGGUAUCAAGCAAAUCCUGCAAAAUUGCUAUUAUUAUUAUAUAUUUUUUAACAAGUUCAUAUUCACCUGGUGCUUCUAUGGUUUCACAGUCCACUAUGUCUUUUAUAUUUACUGUAUAUUGAGCCAUUGUCAACAUGAAUUUUCGUGAAUUUUUUUAAAGACAAAGCACAGGAAUAGGCGAAAGAAUCCUGCUACGCAAAUGUCAGCAGUGAGUUUUAGAAACAUUUGCAUCAGGUUUGGGUUUGUUUUUGUUUUUAGCAAUUUCAUCAUAUCCUUAUUGAACAGGGUCUAGUGCCACCUUUUGGUCAUUUUCAGUUUCCAAGGCAGCUGGCUUGCUGUAAAGGGGAUCCUUUGAUUACUGUAAUCUAGUUGUAUGAUAAAAACGGUAAGAUUUGUACAGUAAAUUAAUUUCUCUCUUUUUUCCUAAAAUGAUUUUAGAUUUUAGUACUGUAAAAGAGAGUAAAAUUCUUGUGGGUUAUUUGUAAAAUGGUGCUACUUGGUGCUACUAAAAACGUAUAAUGUGAGAAUCUCUAUUGGUGGUGAGAGGAUUUAUGAAUGAUGUACAGAACCUAGUUGUCAUAUACCUCAAAACAUUUUUGGCAAUAGGAUUACUAUACCAAGGUGUCUUCAUUUUCUUUUUCCCAUUUCUUUAUUUGUAUUUAAAAAUAAGAAUUUCACAAGCGUUUAGGUCAGUGCAAAGCUUUGCUCACUUACAUUCAUCACACUUGAUCUACUAGAGGGUGUUACUUGAACUACAAACUUCAAAAUUUCUAUAUAAAAUAAAAGAAUCAGGGAUAUUUCUGCUAAUUCACACAUCACCUUGUCAUCUCCUCUCAUUCAGGGAUUAAUUUUUGCAUCCUGAAUCCCAUGUACAUAGUUCAAAAACACACACACACACACACACACAAACAAGUUAAAAAUAAAAUAAAUAAUGAAUUCACAUUUUUCUACUUAUGUUUUUGUGGAUAGUUUUUAGAAGUACAAUAAUAUGCACUGAGUUGACUAAAGGGAAAGUAUGGCUUCAUCAAAAAUGAAAAAAUUCAGACACACAUCCUCAGUGCAUGUGUAUAAGUAAAUAUAUUCUACAUUUAUUUAUAACCACUGAACUUUUAUUUUAAUGCAUUUUAUCUCCCUCUCUCCAAGUUUAAUGUCACCAAGCAAAAAUCUUUUUCUGAAAGCACUUCAAUUAUUUUUCAGAAAAUUAUGAAUUCAAAUCAUUUAUUUGAAUGAAAAGUAAACAAGGAAACUGUAAGCAAAUUAACAAAAUGGUAUAAUAAUCUGUCUUCAAUGCAAAGAGCACAAAUUAUUUUUUAAUUACUUUUUACUUAAACGCAGCUACUUAAAAACAUGGUAUAAGUAACCGAUAGCAGUAGGCAGAUUUAACCCUUUCAGUCAAAAGCCAGCAUUUAUUAAGUGUAAAUGAAUUUAUUUAACAACCUCAGAGACACAGAGUGUAACGGAGGUCAGAGUUACUCAGAUAAAAGGUCUUCAUAACCUUUAAUUGUAAUGAUCAUCAGAAGCUCAUCUUGAAAAUGAAUGUCGCUGAACUACAAGAGGACAUUUUUCUUACAUUUAUCAGCUGUGCUGCAGCAUUUAUUUCAAACAUUUGGUUCGAUCCACUCAGAUGCUUGAUGACAAAAGUCUGAGCACACUGUGGAUAAAAAAACAGGGAAAAAAAAAAUCUUGAAAAUUGAAAACAAAAAGUAAAUGUUGAAUAUUGUGAACUGCUUUGUACAAAACUGCUCUGUACUGAAGCAUGUGAUCAGGUGACAGUCUGAUGAAUCUGAUCUGAAAUGGAUCACAAGUUUUUCACACAAACAGUCUGAGUCCGAGCGGCUCGAGUCCGAGCAGUAAUUAAUAGACUCGUGUUUCUCUUGUUAAUAUCUCAGAGUCCAAGUUUCACUGCUGAUAAAAUCAUGUGUAAUAAAGAAAUGAGGAAUAAAAAAGGAAGCACAGUCAUCAGUGCGCUCAGACCUUCGGUUCACUGCGUGUGGAUGUUUCGUCACAUCAUCAUGAAUUGUUUGUUUUAGGAAAGUCUGGAAACUGUCAUUCUAUCUACAUUAAAAAUGUAUUUUAAUUCUUGCUCUGUUAUUUCUAUGUUUUAUCUGUUACACAGUGACAUGACCACAAAAACCAGGCCUUAUAUAAUUCGAUAAAUCUUUUGGGUUUAGAAAACACAAAUAUGGCUGAAAGGGUUAAACAUCACACAGAUCAUCACCAAGCCUCAGAUCACAACAGCAGCCUAAGCUUUAACAGUGAAUAAACAAUAUAAUGCUCCCUACGCAGGGUCCCUACUCCCGAGUGGACGAUACGUAGAGGUAGUAUCCAUGGUAACGAUAACGAUCAUUGCGAGGUUCGGCACAGAACCUAUAAAAUAUUAUUUGAUGGACAAAAAGAAGACUCCGAUAGAGAAAUCUGCAGCACCUGAUGAUUCUGUAGAUGAUUGAAAGGUUUUGUAAAUAAAUCUUAGAUUUUUCAAUGUACAGAAUACAACCUGAUUAGCAGGUUAAUAGAAAAGAAGAAUAAAAGGAUAAAAUGAAAAAAAAUGUUAACUAGGUGAUUGAUUAGCGGGUGAAAAGCAUAGCCAUACUUGAAGUCAUACUUGUUCUGUGUGGAGUCUUUACUUGACUUGAAGGACGUUCAGACGGAGCGCGUGCUACGCUAGCAUGUGUUGGUUUUUUUUGUUUGUUUGUUUUUUUAAUGUAGACACUAAAUGGGUUUUUUAUUUUUUUUUUAAACAUUUCUGUCUCUAUCCUGUUUUCUUGUUUCCUAAAAGUUUGGUAUGCUUCAAAAUAAAGGAUGGAUAUGAAUACUGUAAGUAAUGUAAUGUACUGAAGUACUGAAUGCAGUUUAUUUGAAAGCUGUUUAUUAUAUCAUUCCUGAUUGCCAAGAUGUGGGUGUUUUUAAUAAAAUUUAUAUUUAUUUCAUGCA